ACUACGCGCCCCAGAAUGCAUUGCGCUACCAACAUGGCGCCACACAUAAAAGCUCGACUUCUAUAAACAAGACCAAAAAGCAGCUUAACGUAAACAGGACUGCGUAGCGAGGUUGGCUAAUAACAUUUCAGGGAGGAGGAUGAAACUUUUGCUGACAGUAUUACAACGAAUUCAUAGACCAGCUGUUUACACCAGUCACCAACGUCGCCUGAGCUCCUGCGCCAGCAGCGGCCUGUCACCUGUCCGAGAUGGGUCUCUAAUCGUCGGGUCAACCCGGGAGCUCGUGCAGAGACUCGGCUCGCAGGUGGAGGUGAGGGCGGCCUUCAUAACUGAGGAGGAGGAGCAGGCAUUUCUGCGAGAGCUGGACCCAGGCCUGAAGAAGAAACGUUACGAAUUCGACCACUGGGACGAUGCUAUUCAUGGCUACCGUGAAACUGAGCGUGUGAGGUGGGGGGCAGCGUGUGAGGAGAUCCUGAAUCGUGUCCGGUCGGCAGCGUUUCCUGAGGGUGGUCCACUCCUCGGGCCCGUGCAUGUUCUAGAUCUGGACAAGACUGGCUACAUCAAGCCUCACGUUGACAGUGUCAAGUUCUGCGGUAGCACCAUCGCUGGAUUGAACCUUUUGUCGGACAGUGUCAUGCGCUUGGUGAAGGAGGAUUCCCCCAGUGAAUGGCUGGACCUGCUGCUGCCCCGAUACUCCCUCUACAUUCUCAGGGACCAGGCCAGAUAUAACUUCACUCAUGAGAUCCUGAAAGAUGAAGACUCUGUGUUCAAUGGACAGAAAGUGCCUCGGCUGCGUCGGAUCUCUGUCAUCUGUCGGAACCUUCCGGGCUGACACCCACCUCAGCUCAACAAGCCUGGAUAUUUACAGGAUUUAGAGGAUCGCGUCAGUGAUCUCCGCUAUAUAUUAAAUCUAACAUCUGAUUAAAUGUAAUUGUUUUUGUUAGCUAAUUUAUUGCUCAUAAUUACAUCUUUGGUUUAUUACAGUGUUUAUAGUUUUAGGGAUAUUAAUUAACCAAAUGAGCCCGUCAUCAUCACUAAAUUCAUCAGAGAAUCUUUUAAGUUUUGCAGUGCUGAUUUGAAUAAACAGGAGAUAUUUACAACAGUUUCCAAAAUAUCUGAACCCUCUUGGCUGUAGUUGGAGCAUCAUUUCAGUCACCACUCAAUGCCAGAAAAGAUGUCAGCUUUAAAUGUGUGAAAUAUUUCUUUGUGUGUAUGUUUUUUAAAGUAUUACCAUCACUUUGUUGUGUCUGUCUACUUCUGUGAAAUACAGAGCCUCUGUGAAUAAUGUCCACAUAAAACUCAAGUGAACUUGAAUGCAAUAAAAGCUGGUGAGAAUCUG